GCCAAGUGGAUUUAUCGCGGUAUAUUGGUAGUCAAUGUGAUACUCAAUGUGUGGAUUGUGGCGGCACGGCAGAUUUGUCAGCAGCGGGAACUUUUAGGGCGAGUACGAGAAAGUGUUGAGACGUACCGUGAGAGCGUUCUGACCGCUGCAGAUGAUGAAUAUGCAUCGAUACGUCGGCAUCAUGCCAUUUUGAAACAAGGGUCGCCUAUGCUGUCCAUCUACCCUGUAUUUCGGGACAACCAGUGGCAGCGUGUGCCUGGCCUUCUCUUAGUCGAGGAGGACAUAAUCGCCCUCUGUGCCGGAGACUCGACUCCCGCAGAAGUAGAGGAGCUGGACCUGGAGAGCACCGAGAAGAGGGAGAACCAUAGUAGGAAUGUAGAGGAAGGGCCGCAUCACCCCUUCCUCGCGUCCACGCCCGCGCAAGGGAAGCCUGAAGUGUUGCCCGCCGGGAGCAAGGUCGGCAUGCGUCCUGACCGCCAGACUUCCUUCUUGCGCAAGAGCGCCCUGUCUCCUGUCUCGCAACGAUUGCUGGUUCUAUGCAGAGACAUGCGCUGCUUUCGCCUGCGGGCUACGCCCAUGAAGGCCUUCCUGGAGGAGAUGCUCCGCCCCGACCGAGCCGGCUCGCCGCCAGACACGCUCUUCGCCAAGGAUAUGCGUAUCUCGCGUUCCGCUGCGAAAUACGGAGUCUUGGCAUUGAUGUUGAUUCUGCUGGUGGCUGCCUCAGUGCGCUUUCUGUGGCAAGAACAGGAGAAGACCUCGUGGGCCCACUUUCUGCUCGUGGAGCCCGCCUGUCUGGCCAUCCUCGCCCUUCCCGUAGCCAGGCCCGCCCUGUCCCUGCUGGCGGAGGCCCUCAGCAUCGCACGCCUACUGACAGUGGUGGAGGAUUUGCAUCUGGCGCAAUGGCAGGGCAACUGGGGGGCGCAAAGGAAGGGAGAGGCGGAAGCGGACCUGGAGCCGGAGCGACGCAUCCGGCUGAAGUCCGCUCGCCGUGACCGGAUGCCUGUGAGGAGGUUUAUGAGAUACGCUGCCGCCACCUUGCGCGCACGUUUGCUGCCCGUACCGCUGUUACAACCCCCUACUCGGUCCGCCGCAGCACAGCAUGUGCCUGUCACGAUUACAGGGGGCCACCAGGGGGCUAAGCUUCA